GUCAUCAAACCAGCAUACUAAAGUAGUCUCUGUGGGGUUCGCCUUCGUCGCUAGAAACCCGAAUUGACAUUUCGGCGUGCGGCUGACAACACCGUUUAACCAGCUUUCGGCUGCGUGCCGCCCGGCCAAAUGUCUCUACCAGCGUCGCUACAACACCAUAGAUGUCCUGCAGCCGGGCCAAGCGGCCGGCACGCCGUCUGCGGUCAAACGGCGCCGGCUCGCCUGCUCCACGGCGCCUGGACCGCGGCCGGCCGCUCGCGGACCGCCUCCACGACGCCACACGCCGGCCGCCGCCCCGGCGCUGGGGGUAGCAGCCGCGAUGGUAGCCGCUCCGGACCGCGCACCGGUCGCGGGUCUUCGGGCGCCUCCCAGCAGCAGCGCAGGACGGCGCCAGCGUCGCCCGUGCAGCCAGUGAUUGAGGAGGGGCCGGUGGACGUUCCCGCCCUGGGCUGGAUGUGGCGUGCCGGCAGUAGCAGUGGCAGCGGGUCGGGUGACGGCGAUGCUACAGCCUCUGCGUCUCGGCCCAUGCCCACUGCUGCCGCCACGGUGGCGAACCUGUAUGAGGACCGCAUCAAGGCCAAGAAGUCUCUGGGCCAGAACUUCAUGAUGGACGACACCAUCCUGCGCGACAUCGUGGCGGCGGCGGCGGUGGGGCCGGGAGACCUGGUGCUGGAGGUGGGCCCCGGCACCGGCAACCUGACCAAGCACCUGCUGGCGGCGGGCGCGCGGGUGACGGCGGUGGAGAAGGACGACACGCUGUACGGCAGGCUGGGCGUGGAGUACCAGCAGGUGCCGGAGCUGCAGCUGGUGCACGGCGAUGCGGUCAAGGUGGGCCUGGAGGACAUCAUCAAACACAUGGUGGAGCAGGACCGCCUGCAGCAGCUGCAGCCGCAGCAGCCGCAGUCCGAACAGCCCUCUUCCUCCUCCACCCCCAGCCCCACCACCGCCACCUCCGCCUCCUCGCUAGCCGCGCCAGCCCCCGCCCCCAAGGCCAAGCGCGUCAAGGUGGUGGCCAACCUGCCGUACAACAUCACCAAGGAGCUGCUGCAGCUGCUGCUGCCGCUGGGCGGCCUGGUGUCAGACCUGCACCUCAUGCUGCAGCACGAGGCGGGCGAGCGCCUCACGGAGCGCACCCCCGGCGGCCGCGAGUGGCGCGCCGCAAACAUCCGCACGCUCUUCUACUGCAGGCCCAAGUACCGGUUCCGCAUCAGCCGCUUCAAGUACGACCCGGUUCCGGGCGUGGACGGCGCGCUGGUCACCUUCGCGCUGCGGCCCCCGGGGGCGCGGCUGCAGGUGCCCAGCGAGCAGGCGCUGAUGGAGCUGGUGGACAAGGCCUUUUCUGAGCGGCGCAAGAAGAUGCGCAACAGCCUGUCCCCCCUGUACAGCUCAGAGGAGGUGGAGUCGGCGCUGGCGGCGUGUGGGCUGGACGUGGAUGCCCGGGCGCAGGAGCUGACUCUGGAGCAGUUUGCGGCGCUGUCCUGGCAGCUGCACCGGCAACGCGUGGCGGAGCUGGGGCUAAAGCCGCCGGCGCCGGCAGAGGAGCAGAAGGCGGAGGCGGCGCCGGCGGCGGGCGGGUGCGGGGCUGGCAGCGGGCAAGGCGCCGAGGCCGGGAGCAGCAGGGCAGGCCGGGAGGAGCGGUAGCGCGGGUGUACGCAAGUGGUGCUGCCGUCGUGUGGUGUGAGGCUGGUCAAAGGAGGUGAAGGGACACGGGGGCAGAGGGCGGUGUGUGCGGGUGGCGACACGUGCUGUGUGGGACGUGUGGGGUUUGCGGCGUUGGCUUCUGCCCGUCCUAUGCCCUGGGUAGGCUGCUUGGGGCGUGUGGCGCACCCGGCCAAGGGGCAAGAGUGCGGCAAGCUGCUGCGGUUGUUACAGUGCACUUA